AUGGAUAUGCACUGCAAAGCAGACCCCUUCUCCGCGAUGCACCCAGGGCACGGGGGUGUCAACCAGCUCGGGGGGGUGUUUGUGAACGGCAGGCCCCUACCGGACGUGGUGCGGCAGAGGAUCGUGGAGCUGGCUCACCAGGGCGUGCGGCCUUGCGACAUCUCCCGGCAGCUGCGGGUCAGCCACGGCUGCGUCAGCAAGAUCCUGGGCAGGUAUUACGAGACCGGGAGCAUCAAGCCCGGCGUCAUCGGGGGCUCCAAGCCGAAGGUGGCUACUCCCAAAGUGGUGGAUAAGAUCGCCGAGUACAAGAGGCAGAACCCCACCAUGUUCGCCUGGGAGAUCCGCGACCGGCUCCUGGCCGAGGGCAUCUGCGACAACGACACCGUCCCCAGCGUCUCCUCCAUCAACCGGAUCAUCAGAACCAAAGUACAACAGCCUUUCCACCCAACACCGGAUGGGAGUGGAACAGGGGUAACUGCAUCUGGACAUACUAUAGUUCCCAGUACAGCUUCCCCUCCUGUCUCCAGUGCCUCCAAUGAUCCAGUGGGCUCCUACUCCAUUAAUGGGAUUCUGGGGAUUCCUCGAUCAAAUGGUGAGAAGAGGAAACGUGAUGAAGACGUAACGGAGGGCUCGGUCCCCAAUGGUGAUUCCCAGAACAGUGUGGAUAGUUUGCGGAAGCAUCUUCGUGCUGAUACUUUCACACAACAGCAACUGGAAGCGUUAGAUCGCGUCUUUGAGCGGCCUUCUUACCCUGACGUCUUUCAGGCAUCAGAGCACAUCAAAUCUGAGCAGGGUAAUGAGUAUUCCCUCCCAGCUCUGACCCCUGGUCUUGAUGAAGUCAAGUCAAGUCUAUCCACCUCUGCUAACCCAGACCUGGGGAACAACGUGUCAGGACCCCAGACAUACCCUGUAGUGACUGGUCGUGACAUGGCCAGCACAACCUUGCCUGGCUACCCACCACAUGUUCCACCAACUGGACAAGGCAGUUACCCAACCUCAACUCUUGCAGGAAUGGUGCCUGGGAGUGAAUUCUCAGGCAAUCCUUACAGCCACCCUCAAUACACAACCUACAAUGAGGCCUGGAGGUUCAGCAAUCCUGCGUUACUAAUGCCACAUCCCGGGGCUCCGCACCUCCCACUGCUGCCGCUGCCUAUGACCGCCACUAGCUACCAUGGAAACCACAUGAAACUGCAGGGUGACAGCCUAGGCCUCCAUAUUGUACCUGUCUGAUGGACAUUCUGCGUCACCUGGAAGAAAACAACCCCCCUUCCCUCCACCUUCUGCUCCUCAGUGUUCUUUCAGAUUGCAGAAUUUACUGACCUCACCAGAUUGAAAAUGUCAUAUCCCUUGCAAUCUAGCCAAGCUACUCCACUGGGUAGGGGCAAAAUCAAGUUUGUGGCCAGUGGUUCUGCUGUCUCCGUUGCUAAUACCACUGCAAUAUUUCAGACUCCUCCUUGGUGAAUUUUUCAGUUUCUUCCACACGAGUCUUCUCUUACUGAAAGAAGAAUGGAGAGGGGUAUGGGCAGCCAGUGGCAGAGGAGAAUGCUGCUUAUAAAUUAAUUGUUGCCCCCUAAAACGAUCAUCUGUGAAAAAGAACUCAGAAUGACCAACAGUCAAAUUUCCAGAAGCCUGAGGGAACCGUGCGGCUCAGCCGAAUGUAAGGGGGGGAAAGACUGUGCAUCAUCCACUGUAUUUCACAAAAGUUUCCUCGCGUGAUACGUUCCCUCUCAUGUCCUAUAUAGGUUGGUUGAAAUAAUUAGGUCUUGCUUUCUUCUCAUUUGAAGACUGACCAUUUCCAUCGUAUUUGUCAAAAUCUUACGAGCGGAAGGUGAACAAGCAAUCACACCGGUAAAACAUAUUCAGACUCAAGUCAGAAAGAAAGAUGGAGUGGUGUCAACCAAUCGUCAAAAUGAAGAAUGAUCCAAGUGGAUAUAUAAAUAUAACUGCUUU